GGUCUGGGCUGGGAUCAGUCUGUUUCGGAGGUGGUAUCAGUGCAAGACAGAAAAAAAGAUGAGUUCUCGUCAGGAAGAAAUGGUGGCUACCCCUUUCAAGUUAUGGGGUGGCCGCUACUCGAAAGGGACCGAUCACGUCCUCUCGAAGGUGAACAAUUCGUUGACGGUGGACAAGCGGCUGUACUCGGAGGAUAUCGACGGGAGUAUUGCCUACGCGAAGAGUUUGACCGAUGCGAAACUGUUGACCCAGAGUGAGUUCAAAGUGAUCUGCUACGGGUUGGAAACGAUCCGGGGUGAGUGGGAGAAGGGAACGAUCAAGUUGAUGCCACGCGACGAGGAUGUGCACACGGUGAACGAACGGCGACUGAUCGAGAUCAUUGGGCUGCAGAUCGGAGGAAAGUUGCACACUGGCAGAAGUAGGAAUGAGCAGGUCGUAGUGGAUAUGAAACUCUGGAUGAGAAAUGCGGUGAGGGACGUGAUGAAACAGCUGGGAGCGUUGAUCAGUGGAUUGAAUGCGGUUGCUGAGCGAUACAUCGAUGUGUUGAUGCCGGGUUACACGCACAUGCAGAAGGCUCAGCCGGUGCGGUUCAGUCAUUGGAUCUUGAGUUAUGCUUUCUACUUCAAAGAGGACUUCCAGAGAUUUUCGGAGUUCUUCAAGCGGAUGAAUGUGCUUCCUUUGGGCAGUGGAGCUUUGGCGGGAAAUCCGUUCAACAUCAAUCGCCAUCAACUUGCAGAAGAUCUGGGUUUCAAUGGCGUAUCGUACAACAGCAUGAACACCGUUAGUGAUCGUGACUUUGUGGUGGAAUUCAACUUCAUGUGCACCCUCGCUGGGAUCCACAUGAGCCGAUUGGCCGAAGAUUUGAUCUUGUUUUCCACGAAGGAGUACAACUUCUUGGAACUUUCGGAGGAAUACACAACUGGAAGCAGUUUGAUGCCGCAGAAGCGUAAUCCGGACAGUUUGGAGUUGAUUCGGGGCAUUUCGGGCAGCGUCUUUGGUCAACACUGCGGCCUGCUGAUGACACUGAAAGGCUUACCGUCGACGUACAACAAAGAUUUGCAGUGCGAUAAGAGCGGCAUGUUUGCUGUGUACGAUCAGAUUUUGCUUUCACUGACGCUGGCCACCGGUGUGAUAACGUCGAUGAAAGUGGACGAGGAACGCUGCCUGAGUGCUCUCAGUUACGACAUGCUUGCAACCGACAUGGCAUACUAUUUGGUGCGCAAGGGCAUCCCAUUCCGAGAGGCUCACCACAUUUCGGGAGAGGUUGUGGCGUUCUCGGAGAAGGUCAAAAUUCCGAUCAACAAGCUCACGCUGGAGGACCUGAAGGAGAUCAGUCCGUGCUUUGAUGAAACGGUCAGCUCGCUGUGGAAUUACGAGAACAGCGUCGAACAGUACACCGUCGUCGGAGGAACGUCCCGGAUCUCAGUGCAAGAGCAGAUCAACCUACUUAAGGGCUUUCUUUCCAAGUGCGACUGAUCUUCUUUUAUCUAGAUUUUAAGAUUAUUUUGUUUUAUUUUGUUGAACCAUAAAUCUGUAUAAAUAUAGUGUAUGACUUGUCUGCUGUAAAGUAUAAUCGUGAGAGAAUGUUAAGCUGUUUAUGUAUACUGUAAAACAAAAAAACUGUGCCAUAUCUCCCUGUCUUGUGACUAAUAAACACCUUUCUUUUGUAACAUAA